GUUUGAAAUGAAAUGUAGAUAUUAUUGAAUUUUGCUUGGAUAGAUAGAUAAUAAAUCGUAUUUCUUUGAUAAACAUGAUAUCAGUCUUCAAUUCCCAUAUGUAAUGAAAGUCAAAUAUCUGCAUUUUCAACAAUAUUAAGUUAAUUGACUUUCCUUCAAGAAUGCCAACUGUAAUAGCAUUAGAUGUGUCACUGUCUAUGAGUAGACCAGUGAAAACUGAAAGCUCCAGUAGUGACUUCACCCGCAAACAUCUGGCCAUUCACGGCAUCUCAACACUGCUGGAUUACUUCACUGCCACCUGCAAACUGGAAUUUACAUCCCUGGUUGUGUUUUCUUACCUAUGGGAGCAAUUAGUACCAUUCACACGAGAUGUUGAUUCUAUAAAAGCUGCAUUGUCAAGUGUCGGUGACUACAGUAAGACGUGCUUUGAGCCGGUACUGGCCAGCCUGGGCUCGCUGGUGGUGGAUGAGUUUGGGGGAUCCACACCCACACAGGUGAUUCUAGUGACAGAUGGCAGCACGGGGGUUGGAGCAGGUUCCCUGCAGCAACUCGUAGAGGCAUGGGAACAGCCAGAAGAUCACACCGACACAGUCAGGUGCCCACUGCCAUUUCCUUUCAAGUCAACACUGUCCGUUGUUUGUAUUGCUAAUCCAGCUGACCCACAGGUGAAGAAGUCUGUGAACUUGUAUGAACGCCUCAUCAAUUUGAAUCAGAAGGGUGGAGAAGUGUUCUUGCCAGAAGGGGUUCUAGAUCUACCGUCUAUGGCAGAGCUAUUUACACGGGUUGCAGAGAAAUAUUACACACCAUACAAGGGCUUACUAACAUGUGGCCAUCUCAAGUGUAAUAUCACCCUCCACCCUGCCCCAGAACCAUGUGAAAAAGUGAAUGAUCUGGGCAGUAUGGAAGUUGAGAUGUCGGAGAAGAUGGAGGUGUGUGGAUUUAUGGACCUGGCUGACAUUGCGAGCCCACCAACCAUCUCACGCCACCUCGUCCUGCCUCUCCCGGCCACAAAACCCCCCAGCACAGAGACUGAGACAAAGCCAGAAGAGGAGGAGGAUGGCGAUGGGAAGACACCGUCAUUCACGGUCCUGCUACAUGGAAGUCUCAAGGUGGAAGGCAUGGUCGCUCUCACCAAAGUGGGGCCGGACUGGUUUGGAAUACUGUAUUCAUGGGCAGACAGCAAGAAAAAAUCCAGUCUGAUGCUAUCACUGUUUCAACCUGGUGUGGAUGCUGUAUCAUGGAUGGGCAAUCUCAACUACCUGUCCCCCAUAGCCGACUUCUCCGAGCCUCCUUACGGUGAUGAUGACAACCAGAGUCCAUUUCCUGUUCGACCUAAGGAGAAACGCAGCUAUGCCCAGAGCUGUGUGGUCUGGAUAAAGUCUGUUGGACUUCAGGCCGAUCUUCAGAAGGUGAUACGACAUGCCAGGAAGCUGCCCGAUAAACAGCAGCAAUUCUAUAAGGAACUGAACAGAGUGCGAAAGGCUGCCCUGGCGUUCGGCUUCGUCGAGCUGCUCGAGGCAAUGGCUGCCAUGUUGGAGCGAGAGUGCACCAUGUUGCCAGGGACUUCUCACCCCGAUGCAGCCUUGCAGCUCACGCACGCUGCCUCUAAACUACACAUGGAAAUGGCAAAGGACGCGUCACAAAUUAUAAUGCCAUUACGGACUAACUUUGCUCAAGAGGAUGGGUAACAUGAUUGACAUUUAGUUUUCACCUAAUAUUAGUUUGAAUGCAAAGAAGGGUAAACAUACAUGAGUCUGUUUCCUAAGAUGAAACCAGUAUUUGUACUCAAAUAUGCAAAGUUCAUGAAAUCUUAUCUUAAACAAUGAUUUACCUAGGACCUUUUGCAUGUGGGAGCAAGUCUGUGUAUCAAUUCACUUUAAAUAAGUCUAGUAGAUGCACAAAUGAUCUUCGACUUAAGCAGUAAGAACAGAAAGCCACUUAUUUUUGCUUCAUAAUAAAUAGGAAGGCUGCAACAAGUUAUACCAUUAAAACUUACCCGUAAGUUUUGGCAAAGAAAAAAAGGACUUGAACAGAAAAGUAAAGAUUACUUUUACUGUUUAUUGUUGAAUAAUAUGUGAGCUAAAAUAAACUGUCAGUAAACUUUU